GCAUGCUUACAGCUUUCAGCAACAUUACCAGCUGUGGAUGCAGCAGCAGCAACAACAACAACAACAACAACAACAACAGCAGCAGCCUCAAGCAAAUUCUGUUACUGCUGGUUAUCAUUAUCCUUCGCAACAAUCACAACAACAUUUAGGUCUACAACCUCACUCUCAUUCACCGUAUUAUCAGCAGCAUCACAGACUACAUAUAAUUCACCCUCAACAUCAAUAUCACCAAAGAAUUCUGCCAGCAACGGCAGUAGCAGGUCAGCCAUUGGACAAAACAUCCACUCAACAACAAGCAUUAAAUUCAACACCUGUGAAAACUGAAUAUAACCAUCAGACCAUCAUGACUACAACUACUAUCACAGGCGCUACGAAUCCGUCUAUAACCUCUAGUGCUACUUUUGAUGACGUAUCACCGACUACGCCGACAGUAGCGAUGACCAUUUCUUUUAACAGUAAUCAUAAUGGCCGGUCGACGGCUUCUCUGAACACGAAGGGCAAAAAACAGCAACAGCAGCAUUAUAACAAGAUGACCAUGGCGACAUCAAAGGGCACCCGUACGAAUCAUGCUGGGAAUAACAAGCACAUGUGUGCAUUCCGCGAUUGUACAUGGAGCUUUAAAAGGUUUGAACAUUUAAAAAGGCAUAUGUUGGUCCAUACAGGCGAAAGACCUCAUGUUUGCACAUACCCUGGCUGCGGUAAACGAUUUAGUCGAUCGGAUAAUUUCCACGCUCAUUAUCGCACCCACGAACGAAAAGCGAUCAAGCGACAACAAUUGACAGAGAUCGGACAAACACCCUCCGAAAGAAACAGGAGCGAUAGUAGUGUUCCAGAUAAAGCGACUACUAUCAUCAAAGUAAAAGAUUCAACAAAGGCAUUUUUUUACCACACUACGUAUCAUCCACGUGGAUAUAUCGCUAGUAAUGCUGCCCCGGACACGGAUGCCAUGAGACUAACGCCAAAAGAAGAGGAUGCGCAGAAAAAGCCUCAUGCUUGUGCUCACCUCAACUGUGGUAAAAUGUUCAGACGUCUAGAACACCUGAAAAGACAUAUGCGCAUCCAUACGCAUGAGCAGCCAUUCAAAUGCCAUUAUCCCGGCUGCUCAAAGGCGUUCAGUCGAUCAGAUAACUUGACUCAGCAUAAAAAGGUACAUGAAAGAAGAAGAGAAAAAGGAGGAAUGACAAUGGAUGGGGAGGCUUCCGAUAGCCAUGUUAGCAGUAGCAACAGUAUGAGUCACAGCCACAGUAGUAGUAGCCGUAGUAGCAGCUUGGACCAUGGUCAUCCACAAUGCCCCGUCAAUCAAGAAUUCCGUCUUUACCGCUAUCCAGAUACCGUGGCUUCUACGAGUACCUCCCCAUCUGCUCAUGACACUAAGGAACCCCAUCGUGUUGAAAAUGAUAUUGUUACACAACAGAAUCAUUGGCAAUAAACCAACAGCUACAGUAAACACAAAAACACCACACUUACAGCAACAUCAGUAUGUCUUUUAUGCAAAAAUUAAAGACAUCAAUUAAUGCUACAUUUAGACAGAUUGACCAUGCAUUCGUUUCUUUCUUUUUUUUUUUUUUUU